AACACCGAGAGAAACAGAGAGAGGGAGAAAAGAGAGCAAGAUUGAGAAAGUGAGAGAGAGAGCCUAGUGAGCUUCGUCAUCAACUAACCAAGGAUUGGAGGGAACAAAGCUGGAAAGGAAACUGAUUUCGUCUGCGAUUCCUAACACGUAAGGCAAGAGGAAGUAGCUGUGAACCAGAAAAUCGACUCGAGACUCGAGAGUAAUUUAUUUGGAUAUUUGGAGUUGGAGAUUGAAAAGUGAUUGGAUGGAAUUGGAAAGUUGUUUUGGGAAAUUCUAUCACUAUGUGUAUAUAUAUUGGAGUCACGUUUUCUUUCGUAUUUUAAGAUGGUUGAAUCUUUUGUUUUGAGUUGGUGUGAUAUUAAGAAUGGAUAUUUAGAACAGGUAUUUUGUUUUCUUUUAUUGGACAAAGUUAUGUUUCAAACUGAUUGGAGAUGUACUUAAGAGUGAAUGUUCAGUUGUCCAAUGGUAAUGUUAUCUCUGAAGUUAAUGUGAGUGAGUGAAUCCUGACGAGAGUUAGGCAGGCGAUCCGCUAACUUCUAGGGUAUGCCCUAGGAGAAGGUGGGGUCGUCACAGCAGUGACCACCAGGAGUAAUGCUGGCAAUAUCUUUGCCUUUGGUCAUCCUUCUGUCGACUCCAUUGUCCAGUGCUACGAAGAAACCAAGGAAACUGAAUCAUCAGCCACAAAAAGAGACAAUGAUGUUCAUCAAGAAUUGUAGAAUCUGCCUGAAGAUGAUCUUGAUGAAACAGAGGAAAGCCCUGAUGAUGAUGAUGAUGAGCAGGAAAUGUCUGAUCGUGUGAUGGAAGUCAACAAAGCCAAAUUGUCAUCUGAAAAUAGAAAUGGAGAUCAAGAUUAAGUACAUGAUGUGGCUGAAAAUGAUGAUAUAAGUGACAUAGAAGAAUUCCUUGAUGAUGAUGAUGAUGAUGAUGUUGAUCAGGAAAUGUCUAAUCAUGAGAUGGAAGUCAAGAAAGCCAAAUCAUCAUCCGAAAAAAGAACUGAGGAUCGACAAGAACUACAUGAUCUGCCUGAAGAUGAUGAUGAAAUUGAAUUAGAAGAUAGUCUUGAUGAUGAUGACGGUGAAGAUGAUGAUCAGAAGAAUACGAUGUUUGAUCAGAUGGAUUUAUCAAUGACAUUGAUAUUGCCAUUGCCAUUGAGGACAAGUGCAGAAAAAGAAGAUAAGAGCCCUGGCAUGAUGAUCAGGCAGAAGUCUGAAUCUGGAAAGGGUUUGGCUAUUAGUUUGCCUGCAGGGGGAAGCCAAAAGGAUGCUACUGAUCAACAAGUACAAGACACUGGGAAUGUGGUGAAAAAGCAGGGGAAUUCAACUGCAAACUCAAUUAUGAUGCCCAACUUGAUUAGGGAUGUGCCCCCAGUUGAUGAUUUGGAGUUGCAUGAACUUCAAGAAGGUAUGGCUCAGCUAGAAGAGAUGAAAAAGAAAGUAACAGAUCCAAUUAAUCAGAUCAGGAAGAGCAGCGCUGAUUCUUCUGGUGACUUCAAUAAAGAUGCAAGGACCUGCAAUGGAGAACUGACUAGGAGUUUUAAGUCUCAACCUUUUUUUUUGACACGGUAGUUGAGAAAUAGGUUGAUAGAAGAUAUUUUUUUUUUUUUUUAUAACAUGGAAAGAGCCAUUUUGGCAAUGAACUCAGUCAGAGAUG